AUGUUCUCAAGACCAUGUCUCUCCACUCGUCUCUUUAACCCAACUUUUAUCUCACUCUUCACCCGUUCAAAAUCCACCAAGUCCACCAAAAUCAUCCCGCUACUGUCUACACCCAGAUUGACCUAUAAUCCCCCUCCCCGGCUUGCAAUUCCCGAGAAUAAUGAUACCAGGCCCUCAGCAGGACGCACAGUUCCUGUGACAUACAAUAUAGUAAAUGCAGCAUAUAGGCGAUUAUCUAUUAUACUCUCUCAGAAUAACCUUCGGCGAGAGAUACGAAGGACCAUGGCGUAUGAGAAACCGACCGUGAAGAGGAAGAGAAUUAAUAAGAUGCUGAAUCGGAAAAAAUUUGCUGCUGUUGUCGGGAAGAAGAUUGCUUUGGUAUUGCAGAUGAAGCAUAGGGGAAUAUAA